CACACAUCAGGGUGGAGGGACCGGAGAAAAAUACCGAUAUCUCGUCAACCAACGAUCCGAUUUGGACGAGUCAGGGCUCAUUUUGAAGGCCAAUAUUUUAUCUUGAGAAUAAAGAAAAAAAUGUUCAUUUUCACUCAGCGGAUGCCCAGAUAUUAAAGAUUGAAGCUGGGUGUGUCCGGGGAGGGGGUUUAAAGGGGAAAAAAUCUGACAAGUGAGAAGAGGUUAUGGCUCUCGGGAUUCUGACGAAAACAGGACAUCAAUUGUCAGGAGAAACAAAUGUAUGUUAUUAGAGGAAUGAUUGUUGGGCAUUAGGGGAUAAUGUGGACGAUUAAGACACCGUCGUUGCGGAUUGACGUUGCGGAUUUGAAGUGCAAGAAUGGGUGUGGGUUUUUUGGAAAUGAUGAGUGGGAAGGAUACUGCAGCAAGUGUCAUCGGGAGUAUCUGCAGAGGAAGAGGGCGAAGAGGGAGAGACAGACAAGGGCACAGAAUCACGAGGGGGAUGCAGUAAGACAAACGACACCGCCAGGCAUAAGCAAAGUAGAAGAGAAGAAGCGGCAACAAGAGAAGAAGAACAAGCUCCUGAACAUCUCUGCCUUCUGGAAACUUCCCUCGAAGCCCCAGGGUUACGACGACCUCCUGAAGGAGCUCAUCCACAACAACGAGGACUUGGACAAGGUCAAAUCAGAGAAUCUGGACCUGAUGCAGCUCAUCAGCAAGACCCCAGCUGAGAAAGACGUGAAGAGAUGCAUUCAUACUCUAGUUUCCAAUAUUCUUCAGAACAGAAAUGCCAAGAGGAUCGAGGAAUUGUCGGAGAUCACCCAAAAUUUCUAUCAGGUUUUUGGCAAGAGGAUGGAGAAUAGCCCUAAUUAUGCUGGGAUAUCUCCAGAGGUGAAGGAGAGACUCCUGGACUACGUGGAGAGACACUCAAUGACCCUCCUCUACCGCGUCCUCUUCUGUCCCCCGUUUACAAUCGACGAGGAGAAAGACCUGGCCAUCCAGAACAGAAUUCGCCAGUUGAACUGGGUCAGUGGGAAAAACCUCGAGUGCAGGAUUCACGAGACAAGCCCAGAGGUGCGAGAGCUCGUCUACACCUCGAUCACAGACCUCUUGAAUAUGGACUCAGCAAAGGCACCCCAGGAGAAGCUGACGUGUGUCGUCAACUGCUGCAGGAACAUCUUCCAGUUGCUCCAGCAGUCUGUGGGUGGUCCAGCCUCUGCUGACGAGUUUCUUCCAGCCCUCAUCUUCAUUGUCCUGAAGGCCAAUCCAGCAAGACUCAAGAGCAACAUCAACUUCAUCACCAGAUUCUGCAAUGCCAGCAGACUGAUGACAGGGGAGGGAGGUUAUUACUUCACGAAUUUGUGCUGUGCUGUUUCCUUCAUUGAAAAUUUAACUGCUGAGAGUCUUAAUAUGUCUGAGAAGGACUUCAAUGCUUACAUGUCUGGGGAGAGGGUGCCAGCGAACACUUGGGAGUCAGCACUGACCAUUUGUGAGAGCCUUCACAUGAUGUGUGAGGACAUCACUUUGUUGGAUGAACUGAAGGCCAGGAAUGAUGAGGUAGUGGCUGAGGCUGUUAAGCUGCAGGAGGAGAUUGUCGAGUUUCAUAAGAAGAUCAGGGAGGAGGUGGAGGCUGGGCUUGAGAAGUCACCGUUGAUCAUCUCUAGGAGCCAGAGGGUGCCCACUAACAUUGAUUGCGAUGAUGUGGAGGUUUACAAACUCCCUCCGCCGAUUAUUCCUCAGCUCUACUCCCAUCACGUCGGAAUGGACGAGGCAGACAGCCACAUGAACGCCUCGUACACUAAAAAUUCAUCGAUCGACGACUGCAUCACACCAUCGCCCACAUUCGAUUUCCCUCCAUUCGUCGACUGCUGUUUAGACACGAGCAAACCCGACGACGACACGAGUUUGAUCAGUCUCGAUGCUCAGUGUGAAUUCUCCAGCGUUGAUAUGGACCCCAUGGAGAAGGCAACACCUGACAGUCUUCUGGAUAAUUCCCACGGAUCAACGUCCAAUCUUCCGUCUCCACUGACCCCAGCUGGACUCAUCACCGAGGAUUACCAUGGAUUCACUCUUCAGGGAUCCACUAUUCCCACUAUUCCCUGCAACACUGGCGACUUGUCUCUCACAUCGAACGGCCAUGAUAAUGAUAAUUACUCCAAUUACUUCAAGAAUAUUUAAGGUUGACAGGAGGAAAGUGGUAAAUCGUGGAAAAAUCGUCAAUCGUUCGAUUUUUCAAAGGUUUUCAGUUUCAUGUGGAAUUAUGAGGGGUGGGUACACGACGAAUUGUUGAUUAACUCUUUUUCGAGGGAAUUUAAUUCUUCAGAAAAAAAGUUUAUUGAUAUUUUUGCAGGAAAUGAAUGGUUGAGGAGAUACAUCGGUAAUUUUUCAUAGAAAUUUUGUUUUUUUCCUCCUUGUUAAACAGGUAAUUAUCUUGAUAAUGAUCAAUUUUAAUAGACAUUUUUGUUGGAUUCUCUACAAAAUUCUCUACAAAAAAGAUAUUUUGACAUUUUUACAUGAAAUCAAGGGUUGAGAAGAUAAAUGGAUAAUUGUGCAAGAUGUUAAUAAUUUUUCAUAGCAAUUUUCUUUUUGACUCAUUGUUAAAGAGGCUAUUAUCUCAAAAAUGAUCAAUUUUAGGAGAAAAUGUUGGAAGAUAUUGUUUGUUGAAAAUUUAAUACUCUAUAAUAAAUGU